CCCAUCUUAGAUUUUUGAACUGAUGGCAACUAAAUGUUGCUUUGAGCUUGUGACUCCCAAACUAUGGAGGGGACGGGUGGAGACAACAGCCAGAGGCCAGCCCGGGGUGGGAGGAGAGGUAAGGGAACUCCCCAAGGUCCAGGCUAAGACCAUGUGAGUUUGCGUCUUCCCAGUGAUGGCACUGAGUGUACCUGCAUAAGAGGCACGAGGAUAUGAAUCCUAUCGUACAAUGGUUUCAUAGAAUACCUCGAGUUGGAAGGGGCCCAUAAGGGUCAUGGAGUCCAGGUCUGUGUGCCUGAGAAGACAGUCGGGGCUAUUCUGGCUGUGGCUGGGGUCCACAGCAGUGCUUGUUCCAGCUCAUUGCUCUCCCUGCCCAUGCCAGCUGUUGCUGUGUCUUCCCUUCCAGCUCUGCAGCAGUGCCUCAUGUCCUCCUCCAAUCACUCCAGUCCCUCGUCCUUCAUCCUGACAGGCAUCCCUGGGCUGGAGGAUGCUCAGUUCUGGAUUGCCUUCCCAUUCUGCACCAUGUACCUCACGGCAGUGCUGGGGAACAUCACGCUCCUCCUGGUGAUCAGGAUGGACCCAAGCCUGCACACACCCAUGUUUUACUUCCUCUCCAUGCUGGCUGCCCUUGACCUUGUGCUCACCACUUCCACCAUGCCCAAGCUCCUGAGCAUCUUCUGGUUCCACUCCCAUGAGAUCAGCUUUGAGGGCUGUGUGGCCCAGAUGUUCUUCAUCCACACCUUCUCCAUAACGGAGUCAGGGGUGCUGCUCACCAUGGCCUUUGACCGAUACCUGGCCAUCUGCAAGCCCCUGCACUACUCUGCCAUCCUGACUGGUCCCACCAUUACCAAGCUGGGCCUGGCUGCUGUAGUGCGUGGCGUCACCACCAUCUUGCCCGUAACCUGCAUGGUGACCAGCCUGUCCUACUGUGGCCCCCACGUCAUCCACCACUCCUACUGUGAGCACAUGUCAGUGGUGAAGUUGGCCUGUGGGGACACGCGGCGCAACAGCAUCUAUGGGAUCACGGUAGCCACCGUUGUGGUGGGCUCAGACUCCAGCUUCAUCGCUGUCUCCUACGUGCUGAUUCUGAGGGAAGUCAUAGGCCUCUCCUCUAGAGAGGCUCGUCUGAAGUCCUUUGGCACCUGUGGCUCCCACAUCGGCGUCAUCCUGCUCUUCUACACACCCGCGCUUUUCUCCUUCUACACUCAGCGCUGGGGCCAGAGCAUCCCCCCGCAGCUCCACAUCCUGAUGGCUGACCUCUACCUGCUGGUGCCUCCCAUGCUCAACCCGCUCAUCUAUGGCAUGAGGACCAAGCAGAUCCGGGACCGUGUGUUCAGCCUGCGCUGGCAGAAAUAGAUCCAGCCCAGGUCCUGACCCCAGCCCAUCACUAAUGCCAGGUGGCAAGGGCUACGGUUUGGAACAGGGAACAACGGCAGCAUCUUUGGGGAGCAAAGAAAAAACUUAAAAAGCUGUCUGCUGGAGAAGCAGGACCAUGCUGUCAUCAUCUUGCCCAAACCCUGAAAGCUGGAGGCAGCAUGGAGAGUUUGACUGGUGAGACAUUAUAUCUUUAGAAAGUGAAUUCUACAUUCCUGUUCAGAAUGGGAAGGUAAACCGUGUCUAACUCUAUCUGUGUCCUUGGUCCUCCUCAGAUCUGCACCACCUCCUGCCUCCCCUCUUCAUCUCAGCUCUCGAUAAAAGCCUGUUACCACUUUGGAAAUGAAAGUCUGUUCAUGGACUCAUGCUCCCCACGUACCUUUUCCAGCCAGUCUGUAACUCGCCACCUCUCCACUUCCUAGUUUUUAGCAGCUGCCUGAUCUUGGUGCCUGGCUAUGAGGGGGGGGGUGGGGGGUUGCAUAUGCACACUUAGACACACGCACCCCUCCAGAUGCUGGCCCAAGCAGAUUUUGACUCUUGUCUUGAAAGCUUACUGAAGCAUUUGCAGCAAUCCCCAAAAGCCAGCUCACCUGAGAACAGGGUCUACAAGUCACACUGAAACCCCGCAGUGUCGCGUUGGGUUUUGUUCCCUUCUUAUUAGACACACCAAACCGGCAUCAGCUGUGAUGUGCAUUCUACAAAACGUUUCCCAAUAUUUUGAGGAGUGUCCCUACCUCUCUGUGUUGCGUGUCUUCCCUAAGCGUAUAGGCCCCUGCAAUGGCAUCCUGAGGUGAGGAGCAGAGUGUGGGUUAGAGUAGGGGGGCAGAGAACAGGCACUAAACUCCUCUUGUUCUCCUCAGAAAAUCUGUGCGUCACUUUAUCCACGGUGAAGCCUCAUCUCCUAACAGCACAAAGUGACUGACCAUCCCAGCUCUCCUUGUGCCUUCACCCCACAGAAAUCCGGGCACAGAGGCCUGGUCCCUGAGCAAAGUCUGAGGUCCUACAUGUAUCCUGCACGGAGCCGGAGAGGAAAGGGGAGCGUUACAAAGACCUGUGUUGAACCCCAAAGACAAGCUGGUGGCUACAAGCUCAAUUCUUUCAGUGCCUCCUGACACUGCUGCCUCUGGGUGCCUUCUGGUCUGCUUACAGUCAUAUCCCCCCACCGUCACCCUCCUCGGCAGCUGUACAAUCUACAUGAUGCCCAACACCUAAAGUGCAGCGCUGAUCC